GCAACAAGGCAUCCACUAAAAAGCUGCAAGUGAUAGCGAUUCUUCACUGACUUUUGUUCAAAACAACAACACACGUGCUUCCGAUAGAUGUACCCGUGGGACGGCUGGUAGUAGCCAACAGACAAAGGGAAAUCGGCAUUAAAAGAAGAAAUAAAUGUAAAUAAUCCUUUGCAGUGCAGUAAAAACUAGGCUUUUGUAGCUUACAACUGGAUUAAGCCACUGGUUAAGAGGGAUGUUUUAUAUUCAGCAUCCCUUUGAGAGUCUGUCCGCUGGAAAUUAAAUAUUAAAAUCAGUAACACGGCCCAAAACCACAGCGACUCAUCCCCCUCCCAAAAGCCAACCCAACGACGAUUACUUAUUCAGUGACCGUUUAACCCCAACACCACAACAAAAACAACAAGAACAACAGCAGCAACAGCCAAGCAAGUCACCACCGACGACCGACACGACAAGUAAAUCCAUACAUUAUAAUAGUCCCCAAGGUCCAAUUUUAACUAAACAGUUGUACUCACCCCGAUGGCGGAGUGCUCCGGGAAGAGAGAUUCACCAGCUGGGCCCUCAUCAGCAGCAGCAGCAGCAGCAGCAACGACACAACGGAAAUGCUAAUUAAGCUGCUCACUGUUUUGGAACUAAAAAACAGAUAACACACCGUCUGGUUUCAGUUGGAUCAGUAAGUUCUGGAACCACAGAUUGGAAGCAUUCUUUCAAGCAAAUAAUACAUCAAGCAAAGUCAUAUUCCUCAAUCCCUUCUGCGGUGCUUGUGAGAGAGGUUGAUGACUCUGUCUGGCCUACUGGGGGGUGUGAUUGUUUAGUGUGUUGUGAUUUGUGUGUGGGGAUAGCAUGCCCAGCGUCAAGAUGCUAGCAACGGUUGUUAGGUGGUUGCUUUUGAUGCCCUUACUAGUCCAACAGUGUGUCUCUUCCAACUCCUUCAAUGGGACGCACAACAAGGUGGAGCUGGAUGCAACAACCACGACGCCGGCCACCGUUUGGAGAAGACCACCGAUCGAGUACGAGCGGGAUCUAGUGAUCGAACUCAUCGAAGGAGCUGAAUAUCCGAUCGAGAAGCACGUCCUCACCACCACCGAUGGCUACAUCCUGAAGCUACAUCGCAUUCCCGACCCAAUGCAGUACCCAGCGAGCGGGGAGCAGAGCACCGACCCAAACCUGGCGGACGACCCCGAUGGUUUGCUGCGCUUCGGUCCGGCAAAGACCUUCCGCGGCACGGUACUGCUCAUGCCUGGGCUUUUCUCCACGGCGGCCGACUUUGUCGUUACUGGGCCGGAAAAUGGGCUGGCGUUUGUGCUGGCCGAUGCUGGCUACGAUGUGUGGCUGGCGAAUGUGCGCGGUUCCCGGUUUUCGCGCAAAAACAUCAAGCUCAGCGUAGCCGAUAGUGAGUUAUGGGAUUUCAGCUUCCACGAGAUCGGCACGAUCGAUCUGCCCGCCAUCAUCGACUACAUCCUGCGGGAAACGAACGCACCGAAGCUCUACUACGUCGGCCACAACCAGGGCAUGACGAAUCUGUUCGCGUUGCUCUCCGCCAAACCGCGCUACAACCGCAAGAUCCAUCACGCCAUCGGUCUGGCCACGUUCGGUUACCUUGGCACCACGGACAACCGCGUCGUACGGCGGGCGGCCGAGCUGACGGACAAGCUGUACUCCACCCUGAAGGCGCUCAACAUCCACGAGCUAAAGCCGACGCCCGACAUUGUGCGGCUGAUGAGCGGGAUCGUGUGCUCGAGCGACAUGAACGAGCUGUGCGUGGAAAUGUUGCGCGGUUUCUUCGGCUCGACGGUGGACCGAUCGCGCAAUCUGUUGCCGACCAUGGUGGACGAUCUGCUGACGAGUGUGUCAACGCGUCAGCUUAUCCACAUCGGGCAGCUUAUGCAAACGAAGAAAUUCCAACAGUUUGACUAUCGCAACUAUAUGCUCAACACGCAAAAGUACGGCCAAGCGAAGCCACCGGAGUACAAUCUGUCGCGUGUGUUGCUUCCCGUUUCGCUGUUUCACGGCACGAAGGAUUUCAUCACCUCCGCAAAGGAUGCGCUGCGGUUGAAGGACGAGCUGCGAAAUGUGAAAAACUUUCUCGAAAUACCCGACCUCAACCACGUCGGUUUUGUGUACUCGGACCGUCUUUACGCGCGCGUCAACAGGAAGAUCAUAGAAAUCUUUAAUCAACACCCGACAGCUUAAGGAGCAAACGCACCAGAUAAACCAAAGCUUUUUCGUCAUCGUUUUGCACCAACACACGUGCUUGUGUUACAGUUAAUAUAAUUCUUUAUUGUGGCUUUUACAACUCUCCCCUUUUGUUCUCUUUCUCUCCCUCUCAAUCUCUUCCUCUCUCUUUCUAAAAUAAGCGCAAAACGGGGCAAAAACGGAUUUGUAAGGCAACACACAAUCGAGCGCCGCUCGGGGUAUCGCUUUAACUGAAAUAAUUAUAAUUAACGAUCCUAACGAUCCACACGCUCUCGUGCUUUGUUUAUGUUUGAGCGAUCGUGCGGGGGAGCGGGAGAGUGGGCACAAUAAAGAAAGAAAGAAAAAAACCCUCGGAAAAGGGGGGAAGAUAAAGAAAGAUUAAACCGUCUCACUAAAAAAACUAAUGCAUUCGAAGGUUUGCCACUCAGGUCGGCGAAGAGAUGCCCGCGCGCAUUACGCAAACACGAUGCCAAACGCACGCGCAUCUGCGCCUAUCUGCCUGCCUACUGCGAUUACUGCGUGCAAUAAAUUAAAAAGGCAUCUGCGCGCGCUCUCCCUCUCUCUCUCUCUCUCUCUCUCUCUCUCUCUCUCUCUCUCUCUCUUCUGUGGCGCUCAUCUUCUUUAAGGUAUCGCGUUUCGAUAUAUUGGGCGAACGUUAAGGUCAAUACUAACUGCUACAAUAAAUUGCGGUAUUAAAUUAAUUAAAUUAAAUCCAAAACUAACAGAACGAACGAACAAACGGAAGGAAGAGACGCGCUUGCGCAGGGGCACAGACGAACUCAGAGCUGCUCCUCUCUUUCCGCACAAACACACACACACGCAAAGCUGCUGCUGUUACGCACGUUUGAUCUUGCCCUUUGUGUCAUUCGGGUCGGGUCGGUGUAGGGGGUGGGUGGGGCUCAUAACGAGAGGG